CGGAGGUUCCCAGCUCCCAGCCCUGCCCGGAUCCAUCGCUGCAGCGGCCCUGGGCAGACUGGCUCGCCUGGGCUCGAGGCUGCAGAAGAACGUCCGUGUUUCGCUCCAGGAUGUUCCGUCCUCCCAGAGGGCAGGAAAAGGGAAUGGCUGCAGCAAAGGCAGUGACCUUUGAGGAGGUGGCUGUGUAUUUCACCGCGGAAGAGUGGGCUCUGCUGGACCCCGCUCAGAGAGCCCUCUACAGGGACGUCAUGCAGGAGAAUUAUGAGAAUGUGACCUGGCUGGGAUUCCGCAUCCCUAAGCCUGACCUGAUCUCCCAUAUGGAGCAAGGGGAACAGCUGUGGGUGCACCAAGCAGGUGAUGAGAUAGCCAGUGAGAACAAGGAGGAGAAUUCCCAGCAGGGAGGCCCUGAGUUGGCAGAACCACAUGGGAGGUUCACGGGAAGGUCCCAGGGGAACAUUUGCCACGGAGAAGCUAGUGAGAGUCAAGGCAGGUUGGAGGAGCAGUGGGGAAGCCUGCCCGCGGAGAGAGAGGGUAAAUCCUCUCCUGGAGAGGAAUGUUUCAAGAAACUCAAACAGCUAUUGGACCUUAAGGGGAAGCACAACAGAGGAUCGGGAAAUGCAAGCGCUGAACGUGGGCAGGGCUCACGAGAGAUGCUCUUUCCGGGAACCCUCCCAGAAGAUGCAUCCCACGGGUGCGGGCGAAGCCUCCAGCAGAGCUUGGUGCCUCCAGAACAUCUGAGCAGGACCCCCCAUCGAUGUCUGCACUGUGGGAAAAGCUUCCACUGGAGAUCACAUCUUCUGAGACAUCAGACGGUGCACAAGGAUGGGAAAAGCUCCAGCCCCGGUGCAGCCCACGCCAUCCAGCAGAGAAUCCUCUCGGGGCAGAAACCCUGCCAGUGCCCCGACUGCGGGAGAAGCUUUGGUCGGCGGUCGACCCUCAUGGCACAUCAAAGCCUCCACACAGGAGAGAGACCUUACAAGUGCCCCGACUGCGGGAAGAGCUUUGUCAAGACCUGGAACCUGAGCAAACACCAGCGCUGCCACUCGGGGCAGAGACCUCAUCGAAGUGCUGAGUGUAGGGAAAGCGUCCAUCUGCGCUCACACCUGUCUCACCAGGAGGGACCUGAUGGCACGACCUUGCCGGAAUGCCACAGAGCAAAGAGACUCUACCGCUGCCUCGACUGCGGCAGGACGUUUAGCCGGAGCACGGACCUUCUGGUCCACCAGAGCACCCACACAGGUGAGCAACCCUACAAGUGCCCAGACUGUGGGAAGGGCUUCAUCUGGAGCUCCAGCCUCACGGCUCACCGCAGAGUCCACACGGGUGAGCGUCCCUACCCGUGUCCUGACUGCGGGAAGGGCUUCAGCCGGAGCUCCAACCUCAAAUCGCACCGGAGAGUCCACACAGGUGAGCGACCCUACCCAUGUCCUGACUGCGGGAAGGGCUUCACGACCAAAACGGCCCUGAGCACUCACCGCCGGAGCCACACGGGUGAGAGACCCUACAAAUGCGCCGAGUGCGGGAAAAGCUUCAGCCAGAAGGUGCAUCUGGUGCAGCAUGAGAGGACCCACCUGCAAGGCAGACACUAUGAAUGUGCUGAAUGCGGGAAAAGCUUCCGCCAGAACGUCUACCUGGCCAAGCACAGCCGGAUCCACUGCAGGGAACGGCCCUGCAUCUGCACGUACUGCGGGAAGGACUUUGGUGACAUCUCCGCCCUGCUCCAACACAGGCGCACCCACACAGGGGAGCGGCCUUACCAGUGCGCCGAGUGUGGGAAAAGCUUCAGAUGGCGGGCGCACCUGGUGCAGCACCAGAGGACGCACUCCGGGGAAAAGCCCUACGUCUGUGCCAACUGUGGGAGAAGAUUCACGGAGAACUCCACCUUGAUCAAGCACCGGCGGAUCCACACCGGGGAGAGACCCUACAAAUGUGAGGUGUGUGGGAAAAGCUUCCGCCAGCACUCCAACCUGGCCCAGCAUGCCUGGGUCCACUCAGGAGAGAGACUCGGCCAAGACCACGGCGGCAGCCGCAUGGACAGCACGGCCCUGCCGGAGCGCCACGCAGCAGAGAGACCCUACUGCUGCCUUGACUGCGGAAGGACUUUCAGCCGGAGCACGGAUCUGCUGGCCCACCGGAGUAACCACACGGGUGAGCAGCCCUACAAGUGCCCAGACUGUGGGAAGGGCUUCAGCCAGAGCUCCAGCCUCACGGCUCACCAGAGAGUCCACACGGGUGAGCGACCCUACCUGUGUCCCGACUGUGGGAAGGGCUUCAGCCAGAGCUCCCACCUCAAAUCGCACCAGAGAAUCCACACAGGUGAGCGAGCCUACCCGUGUCCUGACUGCGGGAAGGGCUUCAGCCGGAGCUCCCACCUCAAAUCACACCAGAGAGUCCACACGGGUGAGCGACCCUACCCGUGUCCCGACUGCGGGAAGAGCUUCAGCUGGAGCUCGACCCUUAGUGCCCACCUGAGGAUCCACACUGGGGAGCGCCCCUACAUAUGCCCUCACUGUGGGAGAGGCUUCAGGCAGCUGGCUCACCUGACCCAGCAUCAGGGGACACACUCAGGAGAGGAACCCUAUCGCUGCGCUGACUGCGGAAAGGGCUUUGGGGUCAGCUCCCGCCUGGUGGCACAUCAGAGGAGCCACACAGGCGAGCGCCCCUACAAAUGCCCCGAAUGUGGGAAGAGCUUCCGGGUCAGCUCAGUCCUGGUGGUGCAUCAGCGAAUCCACUCCGGAGAGAGACCCUAUAAAUGCACCGAUUGCGGGAAGAGCUUUAAUGUCAGCUCCAACCUCAUUAAACAUCAGAGGAUCCACACAGGGCAGAAGCCCUACAAAUGCACGGAGUGUGGGAGGAGCUUCAAUGAGAGCUCAGCCCUGAUUGCCCACCAGCGGCUGCACAAAGGGGAGCGACCCUACAAAUGCCCUGACUGCGGGAAAAGCUUCAAUGUCAGCUCCAACCUCCUGGAGCAUCAGGGCACCCACAGGGGCCAGAAACCCUACAAAUGCCUUGAAUGUGGGAAAGGAUUCGCCCGCAGCGCCCACCUCUCACAGCACAGCCGGACUCACACGGGUGAGCGACCCUACAAAUGUGCCGAGUGUGGGAAAGGAUUUGCUGUGAGGUCCCAUCUGGCCCAGCACUGCCGGGUCCACACCGGGGAGAGACCCUACAAGUGUGCUGACUGUGGGAAGGGCUUCACGGCCCGUUCAUCCCUGACCACCCAUCGCCGGACUCAUACAGGAGAGCGACCCUAUAAAUGCCCCGAGUGUGGGAAAAGCUUCAAUCAGAACUCACACCUGGCUCAGCACUGGAGAACCCACUCGGGAGAACGACCCUACCGCUGCCCUGACUGCGGGAGAAGCUUUGGGGACAGCUCUGCCCUCAUUAAGCAUCAGAGGAUCCACCUGCAAGAGAAAGCUCGUUAAUGCCACCCUGCGGCUACCGGAAAAGCUUUGCUUGGAGCUCAGUGCUUAUUAUUAGAACUGGGCAGGUAAGGGCUUUCUCAGUGAGGUGGUAAUUCAAAGAGAAAAAAAGUCAUCUUGAGUUGACCCCAAAACAAGAUGUUCCAACAUUUUGGGGGUGGUGGGGGGGAAUGGAAAAGUUGAAAAUAAAAAUCCUUUCAAAUUGAACUCUUGUGCUACAUGAAACAUUUCAUUAGGAUUUUGAGUGGCUUUAAUGUCUUUUUUAAAAUUAAAUUGAAAAAAUUUCAAACCCCAAAAUAAUUUUGAUUUGAAAAUGUUGAAUAUUUUGGUUUUCAGAUUAUUUUUUUUUGGAAGGGGUCAGUUGAAACAAUUCA